UCAGGUAGAUUUCUUUGUUGUCAUGGCAACAGUUUGUUGUGAACUGCUACCCGGAAAACGAAAUUUUUCAUCGCAGUAGUGAGAUGACGCUGUUUUUUGACACAAAAGUGCAAUUUCCAGAUCAGGAUGCAGUUAGUACGGUUGCAGUGUGGCACAGGAGGGAACCCCUCCUGGCGGUAGCAUCCUACAGCCAGGAUCGAGGGGGUACAGUUGCUUUUUUCUCCAGUGACACGGGAGAAAUUGUGCCCAAUGUAACAUUUCCUGUUAAUCCCGUGUCACAGGCUACAGCCUUAGCCUGGCAUCCAGAAAAAAAGCUUCUGGUGAGCGGAUGGGAGAAUGGCGAAAUCCUCACGUGGUCAGAGGGUUCUCGCGAAUUUACGUCUAUCAAAGGACUCCACAAAGGUCCUAUUGUCCUGCUAGCCUUCAGUGAAUCAAGCAUAGGAGGAAGGCUCGUUAGUGGGGACUCCAUGGGUGUUCUCACAGGAUGGCGAUGUGACUCUCACGGUCAAUUCCUUACUGCUUUCACGCACGAACUACGUGAUCCUUUUCUGCACGUUACAUUCCGCCGCCAUGUUCACAGUCCCGUGGCAACGGAACUAACAAACCUAGCUCGUGCUGCUGUGGCUGGAGAUGAAUCCGCCCUGGAUACGCUCACAAAUUGGCGCCCAAGAACAGCAGCACGAGGCCUCACGCACGCUGGCGUGAAGGACAAUCACUGCUUCUACGUUGGGACACAAUCAGGAGCCAUGUUCUAUGUGAAUCAAGCAGGCACCUGCACAGAAGUACUCAGACUCGACAACUGUCCCAUUAUCCAGGUUCUCUGGCACCCAAAGAGGGAUGCCAUUGUUGCUCUAAUGGAAGACAUGACUGUUGCUCACUACUUUGUGGAAUCAGGAGGGAAUUUAACUGAACUCGACCGCGUGAAGCUUAGUGGAAGGAAACCCGGUUACAAUGGGAUGAUGUCAUGGGCUGGAAGUGCUCUGGCAAUCAUCACUGGAGAUCUCAGUGUUAGAAUCUGGGAUAUUGAUACCAGUGACAACUUCUUGCUCCCAAUGGAGAUGCCUGAAAAUAAGUCAGAAGCUUUUCAGAGGCUCCCAUCUGAAGCAUUCACAUGCCUAGCCUUCUGCCCUGAUACCCAGACUCUCUGUGCUGGAACCAAUCAGGGUAAUCUCUUCAACUGGCGUCGCAUGAACUACGCUCCAGAUGCGUCUCCAGAGAACAUCUGGCAAUUGAACAAUGUUACAGCAGUUCGUGGGGCUGUUAAGCAGUGCUCUUGGGGUGUAACGGAAAUAGGGCAGCCAUGCAUUGUGGCAAAUUGUAUUUCAAAUGUUUUCAUCCUGAAGGAACAACUCCUUGCAUCUACCCAUUGUCGGGAUCUCUGGGUUAUUCAGAAGACCACCAAUCAAUGCACCAUUGAGCACUCCUCUGAAAGGACAAAAAUCCUCGAUUCAGACAUCUCAAUUACAAGCUUGGCUUUGUCUGAGAGCUUCAUUGCUGUUUCCAAUGGAAAGAACAUUGCUGUCUUUAAGGUAUCUACGGAAGAUGAGCUUGGAGGUGCAGGGGCAUCCAAAGCUCCGCUCAAAGUGAAAGCUCAUCAGAACUUUGCGGCUGAGUCUUUGCAAUUGUUCUUGCAUGAUCAGAAUGUCAUUCUCUUAACGUCCAAUGAUGUGAGGAUUGUUUCCCUCAGUGGAGUCCUACUUCAGGAAAUCUCCUUCAAGGAUACUGAAGGAAAGCCAAUUGGGGCGGAUUUGACUGGGAGCUUCUUGACAGUAUUCACAAUGAAUGGGUAUCUCAGGAUUUACGAUGUAAGUCGCCAUGAGCCAAAGCUUGUCACGAGUCCCAAGUCUGGGCAUACCAUGUUCGAUAGCUUUGGGGAAUUUAUUGUGGCCAGGUGCAACCUUAAGGGUACGCACUUGGCAGCAACUGUUGCCACUGAGAGCCUCCUGCCCGAUGGGAAGCUCUACUUGUGGGACAUUGAGAAGGAUGUUGUGCAUCCUUUUGAUUUUUUCAGUGCAGUCACAAAGAAUGAUCAUUUCUUUGCUCGUCUGCCGGUUUCCUUUAAAUGGGACACUGAUGAUGCCCGUCUAGUAGUCUGUGAGGUGCGGUGCAUUCAGCAAAAAUCUCGCGUUUCAGCCACGGAGGAGCGUCAAAUUCAAAUGCAAACCGUCACCGAAUCUCAAGCUUGCGUGAUGUUUAUCUCAGAACGCAGUGGCUUUCAGGAACUGGAGACCAUCAAUCUGGCCCCGGGGGAGCAAUUGGUCAACCUGUGUGCUCCACACGUCAUAACGCUAAAAAUCAAUAGCAUUGGACGGAUUGCUCUGCGAGAUUUCAAAGGGCUUGAAAAAUGUGACCCAUCAACGCGAAAAAUGGUGCUGGAUUUCAGCUUGAAUGUUGCUCAAGGGAAUAUGGACCACGCUUUCAGAUGUAUCAAAUCCAUUCAGUCGGAGGCUGUGUGGCGCAACUUGGCACAGAUGUGCGUUCACACGGGCCGUUUGGAUGUGGCGAAGGUUUGUCUGGGACACCUUAGGAGGGCUUCGUCGGUGCGAGCCCUCCGGAGGGCAAUGGAGGACGACACACUGGAGAAAGAAGCGCGAAUUGCAGUGCUGGCCAUUGAGUUGGAUAUGAUUGAAGAGGCGGAAGCACUUUACAAGAAGUGUGGGCGGUAUGACCUUCUAAAUCGUCUCCUACAGGCGUGUGGGCGGUUUGAGGAGGCUCUUCAAAUUGCUGAGCAAUGCGACAGGGUGCACCUGAAGAAUACCUAUUUUAAGUAUGCCGAAUGGCUUAGGGAAUCCGGGGACAUUGAUGGAGCCAUCAAAUUCUUCGACAAGUCCCUAAAUUCAACACACAACAUCACACAAAUGCUAAUUGAUGACCCCGUCGCACUCAGGCAAUACAUGAUGAAUACAACGGAUACGAAUUUACUGAAAUGGUGGGGCCAGUACAUUGAGAGCACGGGCGACAUGGAGACUGCAUUCAAAAUUUAUCAAAAGGCCGACGAUUGGUUCUCUCAAGUGAGGAUUUUGUGUUUCCUCGGGCAGCUUUCACGAGCUGAAACAACUGCUAGGCAUAGUGGUGACCACGCUGCCUGUUACCACCUUGCACGACACUAUGAGAACAUUGGGAGACCCCAAGAGGCAAUUCAGUUCUACACGCGUGCUCAGACCUACGGCAACGCCGUCAGGAUCUGCCGUGAGAAUGAUCUGCGGGAAGAUCUCUGGACUGUUGCAAAUGCAGCCCGUGGGAGGGAUAAAGCCGCUGCUGCUUCGUACUUCGAAGAAUGCGGAGAGUUUAAGCGUGCCGUUGAGCUGUACCAUCGUUCUGGGAUGCUUCACAAAGCCGUUGAAAUGGCCUUUGCAUCGCAACAGCCUGAAACUCUUCAGGUUAUUGCAUCAGAACUCGAUGCUUCAUCCGAUCCAGAGCUUGUGUCUCGAUGCGCUGAUUUCUUCCUCAGCAUCGAACAAGCCCAGAAGGCUGUUCAGCUUCUAGCCAACACGCGUCAAUUUGAGAGAGCUCUCGAGAUUUGUCGAGAUCGCGGAGUUCCAGUAACGGAGACCUUUGCAGAGCUCCUAACUCCGUCAAAGGAUGAAGCAGAUGAUGAGACCAGAGGAAGAAUUUUGAUCACCCUUGGGGAAUUGUUACAAGAGCAGGGUGACUACCACACAGCAACGAAGAAGUUUACUCAAGCUGGGGAUAAAGUUCGUGCUAUGAAGAGCCUGCUUAAGUCUGGGGAUACCGAGAAGAUUAUCUUCUUCGCUAGUAUGUCGCGUCAAAAGGAGGUCUACAUCAUGGCGGCAAACUACCUCCAAGCCCUCAAUUGGCAGAGUGAUGCGAAAAUUCUCAAAAAUAUCGUAACGUUCUACUCCAAGGGUCAGGCCUUUGAUCUUCUGGCCAACUUCUACGUAACUUGCGCCCAGGUUGAAAUUGAUGAAUACCGUGACUAUGAGAAAGCUCUGAAAGCUCUCAUGGAGGCAAAUCGGUGCAUUGCAAAGGUGCCCAAUGCAAAGAGGUCGGCUGAUCAGCUGGAACUGACAAUAGGGGAAUGUCGAAGGGUACUGGAGCUGCAAGAAAGUAUGUCUCGUGGGGAGAAUCAGGCUGUCAUAGCUGGAUGUCGCAAUAUCCUUGCGCACUCAGUCGAAAAACCUCCUGUUCGACAUACCGAUAUCCUGGCUCUUCUUGUGGAAGCUUUCGCAGCUUCACGACUUUUCCCUGAAGCUCUGAAUAGCCUCAAAGAUCUCACAAGUAAAUCUCCCGAUUGGGCCAGUCGAGGACUCGUUGAGAAGUCCUUAGUUGAGCGAAUUUGUGCCGAAUGUGGGGUUCUCUUUGAAACAAUCUGGACAUCAGGACGUCAACGGGAAAUACCUGCAACACCUGACGAUGACAAUGAGGAAGAAAUUCAAGAGAUGGUGUUCAAUUAAACCCCUCUACGGGACUUUCAUUGUUGCAACAUUUAUCGUUUGACUUUGCUGAGAAAAACGCUGAGGAAAAGUUUAUGCCGAUGAAUGCAAAUGAAGAACCUGCGCCAUUGAAAGUACCCUUGGUAAGUAUUUCAGAAAAAAAAGACAGGAAAAAGUAGAAGAGACAUUUGUGAUUAAAGAUUUUUCAUUCCGUCCAAGAAAAAAUUACAUUCCAUUGAGUUGAUUGUAUUUCAAUAAAAUACAUGGCACUAUUAGAGAUGUUUUGUGUUCAUUUUAUUUGCUAGAA